GGUGUUGACCAACACUGUCAUCAGCAUGAACCAAAGUGUUACACAUUAACAGCAAACAGAUUAUCACAGCUGUAUGUCUACCAUUGGGCCUGCCAAACAUCCUCAUGAAACUGAAUGUAUCAAAAUGCCAGCACUGGACACAUGUUGCUAGGCAACGUACCAAACAACUCUGGCUAGAACUUCAAAUUGGAGACGGGCUGGUCAGGUCUCCUGAAUUGGAUUUGAAACUGGGGAAAAAAGUUAUAUAAUUUAUCCAAAACCUAAACAACAAUGGCGCUCCCGAUGGUACCUGGGAAUUCUCCUAAUAAAAACUUGGGAAAAGACAAAUUCCACAAGUCCCAACAUUUUGACUAUUCCAAUGGGGUCGCUAUGAUGGUGGGGUCUGAGAAACCAGGCAUUGGAGGGGAACCACUUCUGGGUCAGAAGACUUGGCCAAAGUACUCUGUGUUCCCCAAAGGAGAAGGCAGUGACAUGCCAUCGUGGGUGGCCUUUGACAAGCAGGUGCUUUGCUUCAAUGCCUACUUUGAGGAAACAGUGACCCAGAAGCAGGAGGAGAAGUACAGGGUGCGGAGGUGUAAGAUCUACUUCUACCUGGAGGACGACACCAUACAGGUGGUAGAACCAGAGUUCAAGAACAGUGGCAUCCCUCAAGGGACGUUGAUUCGCCGUCACCGAAUUCCACUUCCACCGCCGAAUGACAACCAGUUCUACACAGUGCACCAUUUCAACACCAACCAGCAGAUGACACUGUACUCGCGCACCUUCAUGAUCACAGACUGUGACCCUUUCACCAAGAACUUCCUGAGGAAGCUAGGGGUCCGCAUCAAUGGCCCCGGCUCUGCCCCUGAAGACCCCUACAGCAACCUCCGGCAACAGAUGGAGGAGAAUAUGAAGCCACUGAGGCCCUACGAGAGGCAAGACACGCUCAAGCAGUUCCUGGAUCAUGACCGGAACGUUCUGAGGUUCUACUGCCACUGGGACGACUCGGAGAACAUGUUUGGUGACCCGCGGGAGCUCACGCUGCACUACUUCCUGGCCGAUGACACCAUCGAGAUCCGCGAGGUCAUCUACCCCAACUCUGGACGAGACGCUGCGCCCAAGUUCCUUCACAGGAGCAAACUACCCAAGCAUGGUCCUGUGGCCAAGCGGCAGCCCGGAGAGAUCACAGACCGCACGGUGCUCAACGUGUUUGGGCCCAUGGGCCAAGGAGGACGCUACAUCCUAGACAGCCUCAGAACUGGUGCAGUUCAGGAUGAGUUCUAUAAGGACAGUGACCUGAUUCUGGGUGGGGUAGUGAAUGUGUGGGGAAGGAGGGUAGUCAUCUGUGACUGUGACAACUUCACCAAAGAGCACUAUCGCUCCAAGUACGGCAUUGAGGACUUUGCCCCCAUCCAGUACAAGGCGCCCCCUGCCCCCAAGCCCCCCCGGCCAGUGCCCCCCUACAACGGUUUUGGCUCUGAGGAGGACUCCCUGUGCUCCUGCCAGGGCCUGCUGCCCAAGCCUCCUCAGAAAGACCUGCGCAAAUUCGUGGACAGGGAGGGGCUGGAGAGCAACGUGCUGAGGUUUCUGGGGAAGAUGGCGACGGACGACCCCGUCAACCGUGACCGGGUGUUCAUCAUUUCCUUCUACCUCGGUGAUGACACCAUCUCCGUGUUUGAGCCCCCGCAGAGGAACUCAGGUGUGCUGGGCGGUAAGUUCCUGGAACGCGGUCGCAUCAAGAAACCGGGCCAGGAGCUUUUCAAGAGUGAGAUGUCGCAAUACUUCUGCGCCCGGGACCUGUUUGUUGGAGCUAGGCUCGCCCUCAACAACCAGGCCUUCCAGCUGGUGGAUGCAGACGAUUACGCCUUCAACUACAUGGAGCAGCAUGCUGAGGAGUUCCCCAUGGCUAAUGUAGGCACCAUCAUCAGUAAGCUUCGCUCCGUCUCAGAGGAGAAGAUGAGAGAGAUCAAACGGUUCCUGGCCCUCAGCGACCCUGGCAGCACGGGCCUCAUCCCCUACGAGGCCUUCAGGGGUCUGCUGGUGGGGAUGAAUUGGGGCCUGUCGGAGCACGAGGUGAUGAUGCUGGGCCGGUGUUUCUCGGCGCCGGAGCAGCCCGCUGACGACCUGGGCCAGAUGCUGGCUGUGGCUCAGGACCAACUCAGGAAGAAACACUUUGAGAGCUUCGCUGACAUGGCCCGGGCCUUCACGCACGAGGACCGACACAAGCUCGGCCGUCUGUCCACCAAGGAGACCAGGACGGUGUGCAAGGCCUUCCAUCUGCCCCUGGCUGACGACCUGCUCCUGGCCCUGUUCAACAAGUUUGAGACAGGGGAUGAGAUCGACUACCAUGCCUUCCUCGCUGGCAUCAACUGGAGGGAGAACCCUGCCCCUCCGAUCCUGCCCGAUGAUGCCCUGAAGCUUUUUUCCGCCUCGCGGGGCCCUAAGAUUGUCAGCCAUUCUCUGGUCCGCUACCUUGCCUUCCUCGACAAGCUCUGUGGAAGCCCUGAAGAAGAGUGAACACUUCCAAUGUCUCUUUGGCUCACCUCCAGUAUUCUGCUGUGUCAUAUUGAUGACAUCACAAGACCCUCCAGAUUCUUUUGCUUUAAGCCUCCUUUCUAAGGGCUUUUAAUCUUUUUUCGCCCUUGCUCUUCCAUUGGCUGUAUGCGUGACUGAAGGCCAACCUCAGAAACAUGACAGAUAGCCAGAAACCUAACAUACCUGCGGAAGUAAACAGUGUUAUCCUUCUCCUACUCUCCUAUGAGGACAUUAUGUGUCCUGUCACCUACAAAACUCGAGGUGUACUUAAACACCAAACACAGGAGCAGAAGAUAGACAGGUGUAGUCAGUGAGACGCCGUAGAGAGCUGCUGAGACAAAGCUGUGCUGCUGUUGUGUCCAGUUUGACGCAGACUGGAGCGGGGAGGCCCGGGGCCCAGCAGUGAGGAACGUCAAGUACUCAGUCCUUCUGGAGAAGGUUCUAGACAGUGUGAAGAACCCCACGGACGCAACAUUGUGACCCAGCACAGAGAGAUGACCUGUCCUGGCACCGUCCUGCUAGCCUUGAUGCCUUCAACUCAUUGGACAACUCAAUUGGACAUUCUACUGAGGCUCUCUGCCUCUCGUUAUUUUAUCCUGAAUUAAAGAAUGUAGAUAGCAUUUGCAACCAAACAUCUGUGUUUUGAUUAUGUUUUGUGUGGAAAGUAUGUGUUUACUUAGUGGCUUACACAUCAAAUAAGAUACUUAACUAUGGUAUGUGAAAGGCUGGAAGGCAGGGUGGGAACGCGUGUGUGUGUGUAUGUUUGUGUGUGUGUGUGUAUUUGUUUAAUUGUUUUUGUGGGGCCCAGAAAACCCCCUAGGAAUAGGAAACGAAGGAAGAUUACGGGACAUUUUCUCUGUCCUUGGCGUUAUUUCUAGGGGGUGCAGUAGGAAUUAGGUUCAGGUUAGGUUUUUGUGUUAAGAUUCAUGUUAAAGGUUAGGGGGAAGGUUUGGGUCGGGGGUUAGUGAAAACAGGACCUGAAUUGUUAAUCCCACAAGACUAGGUAAAUAAACCUGUGUGUGUCUGCUAAGGUACAGUACAUGUGUGUACAAUAUGUCAAAUUAGUGAGAAAGCCAUAGAGACACUGUAAAAGAUACGGGGCAUUAAACCAGAACCAUAUUUCAGCCACGGGCUGACAAACACACGCACACGUUAAGAUUACCAAGUAUCCGCCUACACAGAGCUGAG